AUGGGUGCUGGUUUGAGAUCUUCAUCUGUCCGUCGCCGACUUUCGGAAAAACUAAUCGUUUCUUUUUAUGGGCUGUUCAGCUCCGCAGGAGCAUCAGCAGGUUUUGUUGCUUUUUCUGCCCGGUUCUUUCCAAUGAACAGCCAUUCUGGUUCUUCGUACAGACAAACCUUAAAUACAAGAUUUAAAUGUCCGAAUAGUAUAUUUCGUGUAAUCGUAAAGAACAUAAAAGUGGAACUCAGCCGAAAACCGGAGAUGGAUGAGAUCUACCUGGUUUCCACUGAAUGGCUGAGAGCUGCAGAUCUCGCACUAGCCUAUGUAAUGUGA